CCCGCCCCUCUCGAUGGACUGAUCCACUUGCCUAGAGAGGGGCGGUGAGACGGUCGCUGGCCAUUGACGGUAAAGCAGGCGGAAGGGGCUCUGGACGCGCUCACUGACGGGGUAGGGGAGCUAAAUCCGCCCGUUCGCUGCGACGGAAGGGAAAGUGCCCGUCACCGCGGGGCUGUGUGUGGCUGGGACUCCGCGGCGCCCCUCACGGGUGUCUUUUAUGAAUAAUCAAAAGCAGCAGAAGCCAACGCUAUCAGGCCAGCGUUUUAAAACUAGAAAAAGAGAUGAAAAAGAGAGGUUUGACCCUACUCAGUUUCAGGACUGUAUUAUUCAAGGUCUAACUGAAACUGGCAGUGACUUGGAAGCAGUAGCAAAGUUUCUUGAUGCGUCUGGAGCAAAACUUGACUAUCGCCGCUAUGCAGAGACACUCUUUGACAUUCUGGUGGCUGGUGGAAUGCUGGCCCCAGGUGGUACUCUGGCAGAUGACCUGAUGCGUACAGAUGUCUGUGUAUUUGCAGCACAAGAAGAUCUAGAAACCAUGCAAGCAUUUGCUCAGGUUUUUAACAAGCUAAUCAGGCGUUACAAAUACCUGGAAAAAGGCUUUGAAGAUGAAGUCAAAAAGCUGCUGCUGUUCCUAAAAGGUUUUUCAGAGUCUGAGCGGAACAAACUGGCCAUGUUGACAGGUAUUCUUUUGGCCAAUGGGACACUUAAUGCAUCAAUUCUCAACAGCCUGUAUAAUGAGAACUUGGUUAAAGAAGGUGUUUCUGCAGCUUUUGCAGUAAAGCUGUUCAAAUCAUGGAUAAAUGAGAAAGAUAUUAAUGCAGUGGCUGCUAGCCUUCGUAAAGUCAACAUGGACAACAGACUGAUGGAACUCUUUCCAGCCAACAAACAAAGCCUUGAACACUUCACAAAGUAUUUCACUGAUGCAGGACUAAAAGAACUUUCAGAAUAUGUUCGGAACCAACAAACCAUAGGAGCUCGUAAAGAGCUGCAGAAAGAACUUCAAGAGCAGAUGUCACGUGGAGAUCCAUUUAAGGAUAUAAUCUUGUAUGUCAAGGAAGAGAUGAAGAAAAACAACAUCUCAGAACAGACUGUGAUAGGCAUAGUCUGGUCUAGUGUAAUGAGCACUGUGGAAUGGAACAAAAAAGAGGAGCUGGUAGCAGAACAAGCCAUCAAGCACCUGAAGCAAUACAGCCCUCUGCUUGCUGCCUUUACUACCCAAGGUCAAUCUGAGCUGACUCUGUUACUGAAGAUUCAGGAGUACUGUUAUGACAACAUUCACUUCAUGAAAGCCUUCCAGAAAAUAGUGGUGCUCUUUUAUAAAGCUGAAGUUCUGAGUGAAGAACCCAUCCUGAAAUGGUAUAAAGAUGCACACCUUGCAAAAGGAAAGAGCGUUUUUCUGGAACAAAUGAAAAAGUUUGUGGAAUGGCUUAAGAAUGCUGAAGAAGAGUCUGAGUCAGAAACUGAAGAAGGUGACUGACAUGUGAAACUGUCCUCAGUAAAGCAAACAGGAGCUGUAGAUAAAUGUCAGUCUUGUGUGUCCUUUUUGGUUCUUGCAUCCUACCUCCCUGUAUCAAGCAUGAUACAAGGGCUCUCAUGGCAAAUUUAUUUUAACUGUUUUCUAUAGUUAUUGAAGAUACUGGUUUUAGUUUUUAAAACCAUGUUUUAAGUAGCUUACAGGAGCUGUAGAUUUGACUCUAACAUUGCAUUAGUCCUUUCAGUUAUAUUCUACCUCCUGUAUUUUCUACUGUAAUGUAACUUAAGGCCUUCCACAAAAAUCAUUUUAUCUUGGGUUUUCUAUAUAAACACUUACAAGCAGUCAUGAUUUGGUAAAUGAGAUUUAUUAUGGAAACUCUAUUUGCAGAUUAAACCAUACAAGUAUCUCAACCCAAAAAGCCAUGGGAGGGGGGUGUGAUUUGGCAUGAAACUUGAGAUUCUGCUAACUCUAUGGGAAGUCUCAUCCAUGAAACUAGCUUAUCCAUGCAGGUCUUUAUUUCACAAGCACUGACUUACACAGGUAUGUUUAGAGUAUUACUUUAAGAAUACAUAAGUCUAGCCAAUACAUGGGGGGGUUGCCAAAAAAGUCUAAGAACUUAAAUUUAUUUCUGCACAACUUCUAAAUCCCUGGUUUUGCCAUUUUGAGUGACCCUGGCUGGCAAGAUUCUGUAGUAAAACUUUUCUCUUGCCAAGCAAAGCAAGCAGGCAUUCUGAGCCUACUGGCUGGUCACAUGCCUGUUUUAUGUGUGUUUCUUAAGACUAUUAAACUUGUCCUUGAAAGUUUUUUAAUGCCAUGUA